GUGAGAACGUCUUGCUGUAGGCUGACCUCGUUGUCGCUUCAAACGGUUGUCAACAGAUCUAGACAAUGUUUUUACGUAGGGCUCUGCUGGCAGGUGUCCUCUUCCUAGGCAUCACGGCUCUUGCAUUAGCGAAUCGGCAAAAGAGAGCGCAAGCUUGUAACUCGCUGUGUGGCGCGAGCACGUACCAUGCGUCUGGCAGUUGCCAACCUGACGGUCGUUGUCUGUGUUGGUGGGGAUUUACUGGGCCAAAUGCGAAGUAUAUUGUCAAGGGACAGCUACACCAUCGGAUCCUGGCUGACUACUGCUCAAUGCAAUGCCACUACACUCAUGACUAUUUCAAUGAGAAAUGUGCUAGUCUACCAGACGAUCCUUUGUACAUUAUCUCUGACUCCAGCAACCUCCAGCGCUUUGAUGUGACCACAGGAAAGUCGCAGCUUUUGCAAAAGAUUUCGUCAGGGAUGGUGUCAUCUGUUGACUUUGAUGUCACUUCUUCUCAAGUAUUCUUUGGCAACAACGUCACCAACACACUGUCUCGUACAGACAUUGAAGGUUCAGCAUCAAAAACUUUAGUGUCUGGAAUCACACCCCAAGCAGUUGCUGUAGACUGGCUAAAACGAAAGCUCUAUUGGACUAAUGGAGCAACUGAUGCAAUUGAAAGGAGUAAAUUAGAUGGUACUGGAAGACAGACUGUGAUGAAAGGAACUAAUGUGCGGGGUAUGGCUGUUGAUCCAACUACAGAUAAUAUUACAACAAUUUUAUAUUGGUCAGAGUGGACUAGUAAUCCAAUUAUAAAGAAAGCAGUUAUUACUGAGCAGCAUGGUUUGCCAUCACUUCUUUCAACGUCAAAUAUAGUCAGCAAAGACAUGAGUGAACCACUGGGAUUUACCAUUGACUAUGUUCAAGGAAGGUUGUACUGGGCAGAUCCUGGGAAACAUAGAGUAGAAAGUGUGGACUUUAGCGGCAACAACAGAGUGACGGUGUUCCAAUCAUCAUCUGACUAUCCUUCUGAUGUGGCUUACUAUAAAUCAAAUGUUGUAUGGACUGAUCCAUCGGGGUCAGUCAACUCUCUCGACACUUCAUCAUUAUCUGCUACGAAACAGCAACUGACACUAAGUGGGUUAGGCAGCAUGCCAUCAGCCAUCACAGUCUAUCAUUCCUCAAGGCAACCAUCUCUUGGUGUUACUGAAUGUAGUGAUCGAAAUGGAGGUUGCACUGAUGAUUGCGUUGAUACUCCAUCUUCUUAUGUGUGCAAAUGCCCGCCUGGAUUUGCUUUGUCUAAUGAUUCUUUGUCAUGUGAAGACGUUGAUGAAUGUUUGGACGAGAACAGAUGUGAUCAAACGUGUGUCAAUUUGUAUGGUAGUUUUCAAUGCACUUGCUUACCUGGGUACAAGUGGUUGUCAAGCAGAGCAGCCUGUGUUGUCAGCAAAACAACUCCUCAAGUAAUUUUGACAAAUGAGAAAGAUCUUCGCAGGAUGGACACUAGUCUUCAGAAUUAUAAAUACAUCAGCAAGGCACGCAACCUGAAGAAUGCAUCUGCAGUUGAUUACCAUUAUGUGCGAGAUGAAGUGUAUUGGUCUGACACUACAAAACAGACAAUUAUGAGAUCGUCAUUUUUGGGUUCCAGCCAGAAACAGAAUGUUCUGAUUGACAAUGAUCUUGGCCAAGUUGAGGGAAUUGCUAUUGAUUGGGUGAAAAACAAAUUGUAUUGGUCAGAUCGUAAGAAUGGCAACAUUACACUUGCAGGUCUAGAUGGUCAAGAUCGAGAAGUUGUUUUGUCUGGUUUGGGAGAUCCCGUCUCUAUUGCUUUGGACCCUCUGAAUGACAAACUGUACUACAGUGUUUGGGGUAGUGGAGCUCACAUAGGGCAGUCUGCUUUGAAUGGUUCCAAUCCUACUUCUCUUGUUGGUGCUGUUUCCAGACCAACUGGUCUUUCUAUUGACUUUGUGAAAAAGAGACUGUAUUGGGCUGAUGUUACUACUAAGCAAAUUGAAUACGCUUCUCUCUCUGGAACAGGACGAACAGUAGUUUACACAAACGGAAAAGAAAUUUAUUCACUGUCAGUGUUUGAGGACAGAGUGCUUUUUGUUGAUAGUUCUUUGUAUAACAUUUGCUAUGUCAACAAAUUCACUGGAAAGGGUUACUACUGCCGACUACUGUCUAAAUUCAGUCAUGUAAGAGACUUAAAAAUUGCUCAUCCUCUUAAGCAACAAGGCCAAGGUUGUCCUGUGGGAAAGUAUGAUGUUGCUAAAGGUUGUAAGAAGGACUGUAAAUGUCAACAUGGCUUAUGUGAUUCUGUUGAUGGAAGUUGUACGUGUGAUCCAGGAUAUGGCGGAAAGUAUUGUGACAAAGAUUGUGGAACAGGAAAGUAUGGUGCUAACUGUAAUAAGAAUUGUUUCUGUAAGAACAACGGAAAGUGCUCAAGAGGGUCGGGACGAUGUACUUGUCAGAAUGGAUACCGCAGUUAUGAUUGCUCAAAACGAUGUGAUGUGGGAACAUAUGGUCCUAAUUGCCGUCUUUGUCCUUGUUUGAAUGGUGGCACUUGCAGGAGUAACGGUUCAUGUGUUUGCAAGUCUGGCUUUAUGGGCAGUCUCUGUGACCAGCCUUGUCCUUCUGGUUCUUUUGGUCUCAACUGUGCCACCAAAUGUUUGUGUCAAAAUGGAGGGACAUGCCAAGUGUCUGCAACAGGUGUGGUAGCGUGUGUUUGUCCAACAGGAUUUAAUGGAAGAAAUUGUGAAAAUGACAUUAAUGAAUGUACACUACUGGGGAGAUCUGCUUGUGGGCAAGUGUGUGUCAAUCAACCAGGCAGUUACCAGUGCAUAUGUCUUGCCAACUACACUCUUCAAGCAGACAAAUGGUCAUGUAAAGCAGUUGGUUCUCAGCCAUACUUGUUGUUCGCUAGUGAGCAAUCAGUGAGGAGGAUUGAUGUGCAAGGAACAACAUAUAAAACUAUUAUCAAGAAUUUGAAAAACUGUACAGCAGUCGAUUACAAUUAUCGAGAAGGAGAUGUUUAUUACCUAGACAAAACUGAAGGAGUGAUAGGAAAAUCAAAAUUAGAUGCUAAAGAGACAGACUUACCUACUGUUCUUGUGUCUGGAAUUCAAGGAGGAGAAGGACUGUCUGUUGACUGGUUACACCGUACUUUGUAUUGGGCUAGUUCUCAGUCACAUUCCAUCUUUCAUGCUGGCCUUGAUGGAAGCAACGUUGGAACAUUUCUUUCUCUUGGUUCUAUUGAGCCGGGAGCAUUGGUAGUUGAUCCAAUAGAAGGGUUGCUGUUUUGGUCUGACAUCAGCAGCAGUAAUCCUAAGAUAGAACGUGUGUUCUUGAAUGGUACUGGAAGGAGAGUCAUUGCAGAUACUAUGCUUGAUGUGCCCUACUCACUAACUCUUGAUUUUGUUGAUCGGCGGUUGUUCUUUGCUGUAAAUGGAAAGAUAGAAUCAAUGAACAUUGAUGGUAGUGAACGUAGUCAGGUUACAUCACGGUCUGUAAAUGCGUUUGCUUUGUCUGAAGUGGAACAGUCAGUGUUUUGGUCUGAUCUCACAACAAGGUAUAUUCACAGAGUGAACAAAUAUAAUGGUUCAGACCAUGUGCAGAUACGAUUUGGUUCUGGAAAACAACCGUAUGAUUUGCACAUCGUGCACAUGGUGCGACAGCCACUGAAGGAGCCCGAGAGAGAUGAGUGUGCAGUGAAUAAGGGAGGUUGUCAACAGUAUUGUGAGAACACAGUCGGCAGUUUCUUUUGUGGUUGUUAUCCAGGGUAUGUUCUCAACUCAGACAGAACUACGUGCACAGCUUUAGCCAACUGCGGUCCUGGUAAUGGAGGUUGUAGCCAUCGUUGUACUCCAUUGACAAAAAAUACGUUUCAGUGUUCAUGUCCUUCCGGGUUUGUGUUUUUAUCAAAUGGAAAAGACUGUAAAGACAUUGAUGAAUGCAGUAAUGGAACUUCCGGUUGCAGCCAUUUUUGUACCAACACAUACGGCAGUUAUCGAUGUUCCUGUCCAGCUGAAACGAGUCUUGGCAGUGACUCAAGGACAUGUGAAGGUUGUCCUAUCAAUAAUGGUGGUUGUCAACAAGUAUGUGUAACAGCUCCUGGUGGCAGCAGCUAUCACUGUCUUUGCCAUGGUAAUUACCAGUUGGUCAGUGGGAAGAAUUGUCGAGCUAAAGGACCACAACCAUACUUGCUUGUUAGUAAUGACUAUGACAUACGUCGACUGAAUUUUGAUGGGACAGGAUUUAGAUAUGUGAAACGCAGUCUGAGUCGUGUCUAUGCUCUUGACAUGCACUACGCUAAAGGGAAAGUGUACUAUGCUACUCGGCAAGCUUUCAAAUUUUAUAAGCAAAUUCGAGAGAUGGACUUUUCUGGAGCAAAUGAUCGUCUAAUAUUGGAAAACAGCAAAUUUGUAGACAAUCCAGAAGGAUUGGUUGUUGAUUGGGUAAAUGAUAAAUUAUAUUGGACUGACGUAAACUUAAAGAAGGUGCUUCAAGCAAACCUUGAUGGUUCAAGUCCUAAAGUCAUUGCAGAUAACUUGAAGAGUCCAAGAGCAAUAGCAAUUGAUCCAUAUCUCAAGAAACUCUACUUUAGUGAUACUGGCACACCACCUGCCAUUUAUGUUUGUAACUUGGAUGGGACCAACAAACGGGUCUUACAUAACAAGGAUCUAGACAGUCCGAAUGCUCUUGGUAUAGACUUUGUUGAAAACAAGCUAUAUUGGGGAGAUGGGGACUUGAGAACUGUGUGGUAUUCUGAGCUGAAUGGAACCAAUGCGAAGUUGCUCCGCAAUGGAAGCUUAGCUGGAAAUGUGCGUGGUAUUUGUGAGUUUGAGGAAUAUGUGUGGUAUACAGAUUGGACAGCAAGAUUCAUCCGAAGGGCACCAAAACGAGUGACAGCUCCUCGAGAUGAUGUGGCUAUAUCUGCAUAUUUCUACCGUCCUACUGCACUGCAGGUCGUCCAUCCAUACAGACAGCCAAAUCGAGCGUUCAGAAGUUGUCUUCUCAACAGUGGUGGAUGCAGCCACAUUUGCAAACCACUGCAAAACUCAUAUGAAUGUGAAUGUCCUGAUGGAUACGAGCUGCAACCAGACAACAAGACAUGUCAAGCUUUACCCACACCACCACCACCAACACCGCCAGACUGUUCUGUGACGUGCAAUGGAGCUUUCAAAGGACUGGCAAUCUCUCCAACGUUUGAGAUUCCACAAAGGCAGGGUGGUUUCUUGAACAGAGCAGCUAAUGUUAUUCAAUAUCUUGGUCAAGAUGUGAGCUCUUGUACGACAGUAAAAACUGAAUACCAAGACGCCAGCACUUGUCUUGGGACAGCAGUUCCCAAUGAUAUUGUCUAUGUCUCAGAAAAUAACAUUCGAGGUCAAAAUGUUGAUGACUUGAGGUCUUGGCGAGAAGUUGAGGGCAAAGUUAUUGUUCUAACGGCCCAAUGCACUUCUGUGACGGGAUCUGUUCAGUUUUGUGUUACUUUUAUGAUCACAACUGAGAUUAAAUCUCCUGAACCUACGACAUCCCCUCCACCUACAACUGCUGCACCAGAUCCAUGUGCUAUGAACAAUGGAGGCUGUUCAGACAUAUGUACAAGUGGCAGAGGAGGAACAGUUGCUGUCUGCUCGUGUUAUGCUGGAGAGCAGCUGGCUGCUGAUGGAAAAACUUGCGAAGCAUGUCCUACUGGAAAACAUGGACUAAACUGCUCUAAGACUUGCUGCUGCACCAAUGGUGGUUGCUCUCCUGUUGAUGGUUUGUGCACCUGUGACACUGGAUACAUUGGAACAUGCUGUGACAUACCUUGUCCUAAUGGUCGCUAUGGUGAUGGUUGUGGUAGUCUCUGUGAUUGUGUGAACAGCAUAAGUUGUGAUCAUGUGUUCGGAACUUGUAAAUGCAGUGACGGCUACCAAGGAAAUCGUUGUGAUCAGCCAUGUGACAGCAGCUGGGGUCCAGGGUGUGGUAAUCCUUGUCAAUGUCAAAAUGGUGGUGUAUGUCAUCAUGUGGAUGGCAGUUGUUCCUGUCAGCCCGGAUAUGUUGGGACAUAUUGCAGUGAUCCAUGUGACAGUAUCCACUACGGAGAUGGAUGUAGCAAGACAUGCACAUGUGAGAAUGGAGCCGAGUGUGAUGAUGUCACAGGAGAUUGUGCUUGCAUUCCGGGUUUUAUGAAUGCUAAUUGCUCUGAAGAAUGUAAAGAGGGAUUUUAUGGAGACUGUCAGAAGAAGUGUACUUGCAAGAAUGGAGCAGACUGUGACAAAGGGAAUGGUACCUGUACAUGCAAACCAGGCUUCAACGGCAACAACUGCCAGAAUCCAUGCUCAUCUACUACGUUUGGUUAUCUCUGUGGAGGGACAUGUACUUGUCACAAUGGAGCAACUUGUGAUUCAAGAACUGGACAGUGUCUUUGCUCUGCUGGCUGGGGAGGUGACGACUGCUUACAGCCUUGUCCAGCUAACAGAUAUGGCUCAAAUUGCUCUCAAACAUGUGACUGUCAAAAUGGAGCAACAUGCAACCAUAUUGAUGGGGCGUGUUCAUGUGCUCCAGGCUGGCGUGGAGCUGACUGUUCUAUGCCUUGUUUGUAUCCUAUGUUUGGUGGUGAUUGCUCUCAGACUUGUUCCUGUAAGAAUGGUGCUGCUUGCAACCACAUCACUGGCGGAUGCACGUGUACACCUGGAUACACAGCUGUUGACUGCUCUCAAAAAUGUCCAUCUGGUAAAUACGGCCAGAACUGUAACCAGGACUGCUUGUGCAUGAAUGGUGCGUUGUGUAACCAUGUCAAUGGUUCCUGUACUUGCAAAGAUGGAUGGAUGGGAACAACCUGCGACACUAAGUGCCCCAGUGGUACAUUUGGUUACUAUUGUGGUGAGAUCUGUCAGUGUCAGAAUGGUGCACGCUGUAACCAUGUAACUGGCGGCUGUACAUGUGCACCUGGAUAUCGUGGACAGCUUUGUGAAAAUGAAUGCGCAGAAGGAUUUUAUGGUCAGAAUUGCAAUCAGAAUUGUCAAUGCAAAAAUAUGGCGGACUGUCAUCAUGUUGAUGGCACGUGUACUUGCACACCUGGGUAUAUUGACAUUGACUGUUCAUCAGAAUGUCGUGACAACUUUUAUGGUGACGGCUGUGCAUUACCUUGCAAUUGUCAGAAUGGAGCGAGUUGUCAUCAUGUAGAUGGUGCUUGCACUUGCACUCCUGGGUAUCAAGGGAACAACUGUAGUCAACAGUGUGGUCCACGAUUUUAUGGGGAUGGUUGUACCAAAGCUUGUGAUUGUUUCAACGGUGACUGUGAUCAUAUUACAGGACACUGCAGGUGUCAUGCCGGUUUUGAAGGAUCAAACUGCAACACGGGUUGUAACUCUACUUUCUUUGGUCCUGGAUGUACAUCAGCAUGCACUUGUGAAAAUGGAGCAGCGUGUAAUGCUAAAACUGGAGCAUGCAACUGCACUGCUGGAUUCACUGGUCCUACAUGCUCUACUAAGUGUAAAGCUGGAACGCAUGGUGCAGAUUGCAAAUUUAACUGUACUUGUGUCAAUGGAGGUGUGUGUGAUCCUGUCUCUGGAGAUUGUGACUGUCCUAAUGGAUUUACUGGACCAAACUGUGAAGAUGUAUGCAUGGGAGGUUUUUAUGGAAAGGAGUGCAGUAUGAGCUGUUUAUGUCAGAAUGAAGCCUUAUGUAACAAAUCUAAUGGACUCUGCACUUGCACUGCUGGAUAUCGUGGAGUUCAUUGCGGUGAUAUGUGCACAACUAGUUUAUACGGACUCGGUUGCGGGCAAAGGUGUCAAUGUCAAAACGGUGCAGCAUGUGAUCACGUAACAGGCAAGUGUACAUGUUCGCAAGGAUACGUUGGAGUACAUUGUGAAAAUGAGUGUCCUGAUGGUUUCUAUGGGCAAAACUGCAAGAGCAACUGUACGUGUCAGAAUGGAGCUGAUUGUAAUCACAGAAAUGGGUCAUGCACAUGUACUGAAGGAUGGAGAGGGAGAGAUUGUCAAGAACCUUGUCCAGCUGGUUCUUAUGGGCUGCAGUGCUCUGAAACUUGUCAGUGUGUGAAUGGAAAGUGUGAUCACAUUGAUGGAUCUUGUUCAUGUGACAAUGGCUGGCGUGGUGUAUUGUGUGACCAGCCGUGCAUUGGAACAUAUGGGAAAGACUGUAAGGAGAUGUGUCAGUGUAUGAAUGGGGCAACAUGUGACCAUGUAACUGGAGCAUGCACGUGUGCACCUGGAUAUAGAGGAACCACUUGUGAUGCAAUGUGUCUUGUUGGAAAGUUUGGCCAAGACUGCACUUCUAUUUGCCAAUGUCAAAACAACGCCAGUUGCCACCAUGUCAAUGGAAGUUGUACUUGUACAGCUGGAUACAUUGGUCUUACAUGUUCAAAUGCUUGUCCAACUGGAUUUUAUGGUCAAAGUUGCACUCGGCCAUGUGAGUGUGUUAAUGGUGGCAUGUGCCAUCAUGUGGAUGGUAGCUGUGACUGUCCAGCUGGCUACACUGGUCGGUACUGCCAAGAUCAGUGCCAAGCUGGCAAAUAUGGGAUUGACUGCAAUAGUAACUGCGAGUGUCAGAAUCAAGCUUCCUGUAGCAUUGUUGAUGGUCGUUGCACUUGCACAGCUGGAUUUACAGGAAGAGUGUGUGAUAAAGCUUGUUUGGAGGGAACGUAUGGAGUGGAUUGUAAGCAAAACUGCACUUGCCAAAACGGAGCAGUCUGUGACAAGAAAAAUGGAAAUUGUGACUGUGCAGCUGGGUAUGAGGGAAAUGACUGUGAAAAUGAAUGUUCAUCUGGAAAGUAUGGUGAUGACUGCAGUGGCACAUGUAGUUGUCAGAAUGGUGCCGACUGUGACCAUGUAACUGGUCAAUGUACUUGCACUCCUGGAUAUCAAGGAAAGUUAUGUGGAAAUGAAUGCACGACUGGUUUCUUUGGUCAAGAUUGUGCUGAGACUUGUCAGUGUCAGAAUGGAGCUGCUUGCUCGCACAUUAGUGGAUCGUGCUCAUGUCCAGCAGGCUAUAUGGGAGUGAUAUGCAAUGAUAGUUGUUUACCACGGACAUUUGGAGAGUUCUGCAAGGAGCAGUGCCUGUGUCAGAAUGGAGCAAUUUGUGAUGCAACUGAUGGAAGUUGCACUUGCAGUCAUGGUUAUCGUGGAGUACACUGUAGUCAGACUUGUCCACUUGGCUACUUUGGACGUAAUUGUGCCGAGAUGUGUGAGUGCAAAAAUGGAGCAGACUGUGACCAUGUGUCUGGUAAUUGUACUUGCUCUGCUGGAUAUGAAGGAAGAAUCUGUGAUCAAAAAUGUCCAACCGGCACGUAUGGUCUCAACUGUGGGUCAGUAUGUGUUUGCCAGAAUGGAGGCACUUGUCAUCAUGUGGAUGGCAGCUGUACAUGUCCUGCUGGAUUUAUUGGAGAACGUUGUGAACAAACCUGCCCAGCAAAUACAUUCGGUGUGGACUGCAAGUUUGUGUGCCUUUGCCAAAAUCAUGGUCAGUGUGAUCAUGUUGAUGGCUCAUGCACUUGUGCUGCUGGCUGGACUGGUCCAACUUGUGAACAAGAUGUGAAUGAAUGUGUUCUUGGUACACAUGGCUGUAAUGGCACUUGUGAAAAUCUUGUUGGAGGUUAUCAAUGUUCAUGUAUUGGUGGAUAUACGCUGGCAUCUGAUGGCCGACAGUGUAAUGAUAUCGAUGAGUGUUUGCAAAAGCCUUGUGUCUACCGGUGUGUAAAUUUGCCUGGAAGCUUUUCUUGUAAGUGUCCAGAUGGAUUCUUACUAAAUUCCAAAGACAGCAGAUCUUGUGAUGAUAUUGAUGAGUGUCAGUUGAACAAUGGAGGAUGCUCUGAUUUUUGUCAAAACAGAAUUGGUAACGUUAGUAUAUGCUACUGCCAGAACAACGAACAACUGAUUAAUCAAUUUAAUUGUGGACCACUUCCAGCUGGUCCAUGCGUGACAAACAAUGGUGGGUGUGAACACCUUUGCUUUGAUCUGUUUGGUUCUGUUUUGUGUGACUGCUUUAUUGGUUAUGACCUUGUUCCAGACAAUGAUACUCACUGUGUAGACAGAGACGAAUGUCAGAUUAACAAUGGCAAUUGUGAGCAGCAGUGUAUUAACACUGUUGGUGGUUAUGAAUGUGCUUGUGGAGAUGAGUUUUUUCCUGACCCUCGUAAUCCAAGCAGUUGCAUUGACAAGAAUGAGUGUUAUUUCAGCAAUGGCGGUUGCGCUCAUUUUUGCACUAACGAAGCUCCUGGGUAUGAAUGCUCGUGCCGAAGUGGGUUUGAAGUAAGCCCAGAUGAUCGUCAUGUUUGUGUUGACAUCGACGAAUGUGCUUCCAAUACAACUGAUUGUGAACAGCUUUGUAUCAACACAGCGGGAAGUUUUGUUUGUGGUUGCAAGCCAGGUUAUAGUGUUGACAAGAAUGAUUCAAGAAAAUGUGUAGAUGUCAAUGAGUGUCUGAUUAAUAAUGGUGGUUGUCAGCAAGAAUGCAUCAACAAUGUUGGUAGCUUUGUGUGUGCUUGCUCUCCUGGUUAUAUGAGAACGAGUAGUGGUUGUAUUGAAACUGAUGAAUGCAGCAACAACAAUGGAGGUUGUGAACAAUUGUGCAUUAAUUUGCCUGGUCGUUACACGUGUCACUGUAAUGCUGGAUAUGAAAUAUCACCUUUGGAUUCCUCAAAAUGUCAAGAUCGUGAUGAGUGUUCUGAUGGCCAUCGAGGAGGCUGUGAUCACUUGUGCACCAAUACAAUUGGCAGCUACAUUUGUGGAUGUAGAGAUGGGUACUUUAUUAAUCCUAUGGACACCAAUGAAUGCAUUGAUGAAGACGAAUGUAAAGUUAACAAUGGAGCUUGCUCACAUUCUUGUCACAACAUUCACGGCAAUUACAGUUGCUACUGCCCUCUAAAUUUGGAGCUAUCAGGAGAUUUACGAACAUGUGUUCAAAGGGAUCUAUGUGGAAUAGAGAAUGGAGGAUGUCAGCAACUAUGUAGUCUUGUUAAUGGGCAGGUUCAGUGUGAAUGUAAAGCUGGAUUUGCAGUUGACUCAAGUAAUUCUUCACUUUGUGUUGAUGUGGAUGAAUGUGCUGUCAACAAUGGAGGCUGCUUCCAUAAUUGCUCUAAUUCUGCUGGCAACUUCAGCUGCUCUUGCUUGCCAGGCUAUGUAGUUGAUCCACAGGACCCUCUUUUUUGUCUGGAUGUGGACGAAUGUGCAACAAACAAUGGUGGAUGCCACCAAAAUUGCUCAAACUACAUUGGUGGAUACAAAUGCUUUUGCAACAGUGGAUACAUCGAAGUUCUUCUAGAUUCAUCUCGUUGUGUAGAGGACCCUUGCCUAAGUGCCAACUGCGAACAUGAAUGUCACGUAACUGCAAACAAUACAGCAGAAUGUGUCUGUUUCCCUAGCUAUGCUGUCAUACCAUCACGACCAACUGAAUGUGCAGUUGCUGACCCUUGCUCUAUCAUAAUGCAGACCAGCAGUAAGUGUGGACAACAGUGUAUCAAUCUCCCUCCUGGAGAAGGUUAUCUAUGCACAUGUCCAGCAGCAGGCUUCACACUUAGUGAUGAUCAAAGGACGUGUGUUCCAUGUCCUGACGGCAGUUAUGGCUCUGAUUGCCAGUUGUUAUGCGACUGUGACCAUGGCAGUUGUGAUCCUGCAACGGGAUUUUGCGACUGUGAUGCUGGCUAUCAGGGUUCUUCAUGCAAUGAAACUUGUUUUAAUGGAUUCUAUGGCAAGUCUUGCAGGAUCCCAUGUACUUGUCGAAAUAAUGCCAUAUGCAAUAUAUUCAAUGGAAGUUGCUAUUGCUCACCUGGAUGGAUGGGUCUUGACUGUGGUUUGAUGUGUCCUGAGGGGCAGUAUGGCCAAGACUGUCAGUUUCAAUGCUUAUGUCAAAAUGGAGCAACAUGUUACCAUAUUGACGGUUUGUGUCAGUGUGCAGAUGGCUAUACAGGAGACAUUUGUGAUACACCGUGUCCUGAAGGCAAAUGGGGACCAUACUGUAUCAACAACUGUACUUGUCAGAAUGGAGCAACUUGCUUAGGUGACACAGGCAGUUGUUUGUGUCUGCCAGGCUAUGUUGGGACAAGCUGUGAAAUGCAAUGCCCAACAGGAAAGUAUGGAAAAGACUGCAAUGAAGACUGUUCUUGUAUGAAUGGAGCCAUGUGUAAUCAUAUGAAUGGAAGCUGUACUUGCACUCCUGGUUACAUUGGAUCAGACUGUGGACAACAGUGUUCCGAUGGUAACUAUGGUGUUGGCUGUUUGUCGGUUUGUCGGUGUCAGAAUGGUGCAAUGUGUAAUCACAGUACAGGACAAUGUACUUGCGAUAUUGGAUGGCAAGGGACAAUCUGCAACGAAUCUUGCAGUGAGAGCAACACUUGGGGACAGAAUUGUGCUAAUCCAUGUCAGUGUGUCAAUGGAGAUUGUAGCCCAUAUGAUGGUAGCUGUUCGUGUAGUUCUGGGUAUUUGGGCAUGUUGUGUGAUCAGCAGUGUCCUGAUGGCACCUUUGGUAACAGCUGCCAGUCUAAUUGUUCAUGCCAAAAUGGAGCAACCUGUGAUCACGUUAGUGGGAUGUGCCAUUGUACAGCUGGUUGGCACGGAUCGAGUUGUGAGCUGGUGUGUCCUCAUCUGACAUUUGGUCCAAAUUGUAAUCAACAGUGCCAGUGUUUUAAUGGUGCGCAGUGCCUUCCUGUGGAUGGAAAGUGUGUGUGUGCUCCUGGUUAUCAGGGAGAUAGUUGCUUAGAUCAGUGUGAUUCUGCACAUUUUGGUCAAGAUUGCCUUGGGCUGUGUGGCUGUCUCAAUGGCGCCACAUGUAGCCAUGUUGACGGGUCAUGCUCGUGCAGUCCUGGAUGGAUGGGUUUACAGUGUGAUAAACCAUGUUUAGACGGCUUAUAUGGUGACAGCUGUAACUUCACCUGUGACUGUGUAAAUGGUAUUUGUGAUCACAUCACUGGAACUUGCUUCUGUGAUCCUGGCUACGUUGGGCUGUCUUGUAACACCGUAUGUCCUUCCUUUACGUUUGGUUCUAACUGCUCCCAGGCAUGUGACUGUUCAGCUAAUUCCGUUUCAUGUGACAAAGUAUCCGGAAGCUGUAACUGUGGACCAGGUUACCAAGGGUCACGCUGUGAAAACUUGUGCCCUCAAAAUACGUAUGGUGAUUUAUGCAGUCAGACAUGUUCUUGUCAAAAUGGAGCCGCCUGUCAUCAUGCGACUGGUGAAUGUAGCUGUACAGCAGGAUGGAUGGGAAUCAACUGUAGUGACCCGUGUGGUUCUACUCUAUUUGGAGUGGACUGUGGCAUGGCUUGCCAGUGUCAAAACGGUGCGACUUGUGAUCGCUUCACUGGCAACUGUUCUUGUCUUCCAGGUUUCACUGGCAGAACUUGCGAAAACACGUGUCCUUCUGGUACGUAUGGUGCAGGAUGCGCAAUGACUUGCCAGUGCCAGAACAACGCUUUAUGUGAGGCCGUCGAUGGCAGUUGCAACUGUGAACCUGGAUGGACUGGCACCUUCUGUGAUACCGAGUGUCCAGAUGGAAAGUACGGCUCCUACUGCUUGAUGAAUUGUACAUGUUUGAAUGGUGGGGCAUGUGAGAAGGAACGCGGAAUGUGCUCUUGCCUUCCAGAAUACACAGGUACCGAUUGUGAGACGCGACUGCCUACCACUCCUGUUCCCACGACUCCACCACCGACUCCUGCCGCACCCACCUGCCCACCGUCGCAUUGUCAAAACGGUGGCUCGUGUGCUAUUCAACUCGGUUCUCCCAUCUGCACUUGCACGCCUUUUUGGACUGGCGAUCGGUGUCUACAGCCUCGUUCUAUUCCUGCCGACUGCUUGACCAAAUCGACUGCCGAAGAGAUAAAUCUGUGCAUUCUAAACGCAGAUCCGCCGGGAGAACUUAAAGGUGGUGGUGAUGCACUCACGUCUAACCAGAAGGUUUCCAUCGGCGUUGGCAUACUUGUUCCGCUAAUCGUCGCUCUCGUCGUUGCGGUGAUUCUUUACUGUUGCUACAAGAGGAAAUAUAAAAAAUACGGAGACUUUGUGUAUGAAAGUGACAUGGUAUUUCAGAAUCCUACCUACGGUGAACUACCUGCUCUUAGACGGCACACCAAACGCCAGCAUGAUGGGGCGAACUUUGACAAUCCAGUAUACAGCGACUUCAGUGAUAUGCCAAACAAUGAUCGUCGUCGAGGAACAGGAGGCUACGAGCAACCUUUCCAGCCGGAAGCUGUUGCACGUAAUCCAUUCUACGAUACGCUGAAAGGAAAGAGCAGCCACCUGUAUGACAGUCCAGAGACAGCAUCUCCCUACGACAAUACGACGGGCACGGGCAGAAGGCGCAGUAACGAAAACGAUUAUGACGAUCCGACGGCUUUUGUUUUUAACCCGUAUGACAACUCUAGUAUCCGCAGUCAGGCAGGUGGCGGGAAUGUGAAUAUCUACGACAAUCCUGAGGGUGUCGGAGCUGGAUUGUACGAAGAACUUCCGUAACUAUAAUGUGCUCGUUGCCGCGCUUUGACCUAGACUUGACGUGUAAAGGUGCAUUGUGUUUUAGUAGAUAUUUAGACUGCAUGGCGGCUCGAAUCUAAUAGGAUAGUCUUUCUUUCUACAUAAACGUUCAUGGAUUGCUGGUAUUUUUCUAAGAUGAAUGUGUUGUUAAUUGUCUUGUUAUACGCUUUAGAUACAUAUAUAUAUCACGUUUGCAAUA